CUUGCGUGUGUCUCAGCGAUGGGCUUCCCCUGUAAACAGCAGACAAGACGAAACAGUCCGUUCCGGAUAAGGAAAUAAUUCCGGCAGACGCAAGGAAUCCUGGGAGGCCACUGGCUCCAGUUCCCCGGCCAAGAUGUCUGACAUGGAGGAUGACUUCAUGUGCGAUGAUGAGGAGGAUUAUGACCUGUAUGCACAGGAAUACUCGGAAGACAGUAAUUCUGAGCCCAAUGUUGAUUUGGAAAAUCAGUAUUACAAUUCAAAAGCUUUAAAGGAAGAUGAUCCCAAAGCAGCUCUCAGCAGCUUCCAGAAGGUUUUGGAACUUGAAGGAGAAAAGGGAGAAUGGGGAUUCAAAGCAUUGAAACAAAUGAUCAAAAUAAACUUCAAAUUAACUAACUUUCCUGAAAUGAUGAACAGAUACAAGCAGUUGCUAACCUACAUCCGUAGCGCUGUCACCAGAAACUACUCAGAGAAAUCUAUCAACUCUAUCCUUGACUACAUCUCCACUUCUAAACAGAUGGACCUUUUGCAGGAGUUUUAUGAAACAACGCUUGAAGCUCUGAAGGAUGCAAAGAAUGAUCGGUUGUGGUUUAAAACUAACACAAAGCUUGGUAAGUUGUACUUGGAACGAGAAGAAUUUGGAAAAUUACAGAAAAUUUUACGCCAGCUACACCAGUCUUGUCAGACUGACGAUGGAGAAGAUGAUCUGAAGAAGGGAACACAGCUACUGGAAAUCUAUGCUUUGGAAAUUCAAAUGUACACUGCACAAAAAAACAACAAGAAACUUAAAGCACUAUAUGAACAGUCCUUGCACAUCAAAUCUGCUAUUCCCCACCCUCUUAUUAUGGGAGUUAUCAGGGAAUGUGGAGGAAAGAUGCACUUAAGAGAAGGUGAAUUUGAAAAGGCUCACACCGAUUUCUUUGAAGCAUUUAAAAAUUAUGAUGAAUCUGGGAGCCCAAGGAGAACAACGUGUCUGAAAUACCUGGUCUUGGCAAACAUGCUCAUGAAAUCUGGAAUAAACCCAUUUGACUCUCAGGAGGCUAAACCUUAUAAAAAUGAUCCAGAAAUUCUAGCAAUGACAAAUUUAGUAAGUGCCUAUCAAAACAAUGACAUCACUGAAUUUGAGAAGAUACUGAAAACAAAUCACAGCAACAUAAUGGAUGAUCCCUUUAUAAGGGAACAUAUUGAAGAGCUUUUACGAAACAUCAGAACACAAGUACUUAUAAAAUUAAUUAAGCCUUAUACAAGAAUACAUAUUCCUUUUAUUUCAAAGGAGCUCAAUAUAGAUGUAGCGGACGUUGAAAGUUUACUGGUGCAGUGCAUACUGGAUAACACUAUUCACGGACGAAUUGAUCAAGUGAACCAACUACUCGAACUGGACCAUCAGAAGAGAGGGGGAGCACGGUACACUGCAUUAGAUAAAUGGACCAACCAACUGAAUUCUCUCAACCAGGCUGUAGUCAGCAAGCUUGCUUAGCAAAGAUCAAGCUUUUACAUAAUAGAAACAAAAGUACUUAAAGGUAACUGUGCCAUCAUUCAACCCUUAAAAAGAACUGUGGAAUGGCAAAGAAAAACUGUUGGUUGGUGUGUGCCCUGGAAAAGAAAAAACAGACCGUUUUGGCAGGAGUGUUUUCUGAUCAGCUGGUAUGUGUUUCGCUGCUGCAUUUGUCCCAAGAAAAUAAAAACAGCUUUAAUCUCCAGAAGAUAACCAAAAUAAUACGGAAUCUAUACUGUAUUGUCUUCUUGACCUGUAACAUGCAAUAUGCCACUAAAUUUGCCGCAGGAAAAUCAUGACCGGAGAGAAGAUGUUGUCACUAUUUUAAAUACACACUUUCAUGUUCCUGAUUGUUCUAUUUAAAUGGUUUAACGUGCAGAGACAGAAACAAAAUCAUAAAAGCCUGCAAUAACUUGAAACGCAUGUCCGUACCGAACACUUCCUUGUAUAAACUGAUCUGUUUGCUGCAGUUUGCGAAAUAUGUUUAUAUUCGUAUCACAUAGUGCAUAUGUGUAUACAUAUAUAUAUAUAUAUAUAUAUAUAUAUAUAUAUAUAUAAUAGCGCGUUAUGUGAAGCAUAGUAUGGAGGCCCCCUUAAUUACUUAAAUACAGUCACGUAGGUUUUAAGCAGCAAAAUAAACAGCUCAGCUCAGAAAUUAAUACUUGGUUUUUUUCCCUGUGUAUUUAUUGCAUUGGAAAGGGCAAGUCGAUACGUCUAAGACCUGAAAGUCAUUUUAGCAAUACUCACAUGAUAAAUUGUUGUUUGUUAUUUUUUGAGGUAGUGUGUUAAAUAUUACUUUCAGAUUAACACCAAAUACAGCUUCAAUUUGGUUUAUAUAACACAAAAAUGGAAAACAGAACCUUGAAGCUGAAUAAAUGAAAUAUUUAUUUCU